GAUGGUAAGUUUACAAGCAGUGGGUCGCAGUCUCACACCCUCACACCCUCCUUCCUCACGUAACCAACGCCACCAGCACCAAUCCAAUGCCCUCUUUUCUCUCUCUCAUAGUCUCAUUUUCCCAUUCGUUCACUCAUAGUUCCUAACACACACUGUCUCUGAUCCUGCAUUAUUGUUGACAACAUGGCCACGGAGCUUCUCCAAAUUGAUCCCCCUCAGCUCACUUUUACCUUUGAAUUGAAGAAACAGAGUUCCUGCUUGGUUCAUCUCAUCAACAACAACUCUUCUCACCAUGUCGCCUUCAAGGUCAAAACCACGUCGCCCAAGAAAUACUGCGUCAGACCAACUGUCGGCAUCGUCAAGCCACACGGAACAUGUGAUUUCACCGUUACUAUGCAGGCUCAGCGCACAGCCCCACCUGAUCUGCACUGCAAAGACAAGUUCCUCGUUCAAAGCGCGGUUGUCCCAAAAGGAACAACCGAGGAUGAAAUCUCCUCUGACCUGUUUGUCAAAGAUAGUGGAAGGCUUGUUGAUGAGAAGAAGCUAAGGGUGGUCCUCAUUAACUCACCUUCUUCCCCUGUAAAUGGAGAUCUCAAGCAGGAUCCACCCAGUCAAAUGCUUCCCUCCCUUACAGCUGAAAAAGGUAUGGAAGCAGCUCAGGAUAUGGAGGAGGAUGGAGCUGAUAAGGGAACUUUUCCAAGUACAAGGAGUGUUGAGAAGGUGGGGGACAUGAAGCAAGUAAAUGAUGCUGUGAAUUUGAGUUUUGCUACUAAGGAUUCCGAGGAAUUGAAGUCAAGGUUGAGUAUAAUGGAUGCAAAGCUAAGAGAGGCUGAAGGAACCAUCAUGAAGUUGAAUGAAGAGAGGCGCAGGAACAUCCGAGAAAAAGAUUUGCUGAAGCAAGAGUUGAUGUUGAAGAAGAAAAUUAAGAUGAAAAGAGCUCAGGAGGGAUUCCCGUUACUGUUUGUCUGUGUGGUUUCGAUUGUCAGUAUGGCAGUCGGAUAUUAUAUUCAUCCAUAAGGGGGAAUUGAGUAUAGUCACAGAUGUUCCAAAAUCAUGGUGUUCUCCUUAAUGAUUCGAUAGAGGACAAUUCGUUGUUAAUUCUUAUGGUUACACUCGACGAAUGUUAAUAUGUGAUACGUUGGAACCUUCCUUUCUGAAUUGCUUGUAAAAUCAACUACAUCUAUUAAGAAGAGAAUCAUAAUAUGCAGCCAACUGAUAUUUGGAGCCAAAA